CCGAGCAUCGUUUUAUGACGUCAAGCGGUUGCGUGGGAACGCAGUUAUGUUGUUUUGAUCAAGCGCGGCGUUUAUUGCUCUACGCGACAGUUGCGAUACGUAGGUGGUGCUCGUGCAUAGGGAUCAAUAUUACCCUGCACGAUCAAUGCGCUAGCAUAACCAUGCGUGUGUGAGGGCGUACGCAAGCACCCAAGAGGCGUCUUGGUACUUAUCGGCUAUUCGGUUUACCAGGGAUCAGCAUGAGUGUUAAGAGUGGAGCCACAAAAGAAAAAGGAACUGGAAUACUUUCAGGUGCUGGCAAAACCACUUCAUCAAAGCUUUCUCAAGAUGCGGUGAGCGAGGACUCUCUGCUGGGCAAGCCGAUCAUCACCCCGGAGGAUGUCCUUUGCCUGGAGAAGGCAACAAAAAAUUACCUGUGCAGUCCGGAGGCAAAUGUGUACAACAUCGACUUCACCCGGUUCAAGAUCCGCGACCUGGAAUCUGGCGCCGUGCUGUUCGAGAUCGUGAAGCCGGCAGGAGAGGAGGGACCAGAGGAGACUCCCGAAUCGCGGGACCCCGGCCCAAACGCCGGGCGGCUGGUGAGAUACCACUUCACGCCCAAGUUCCUCAAGCUGAAGAUGGUCGGAGCUACUGUGGAGUUUACGAUCGGACCCGAACCUGUCAACAACUUCCGCAUGAUCGAGCGCCACUUCUUCCGCAACAAGCUCCUGAAGACGUUCGACUUUGAGUUCGGGUUCUGCAUACCCAACUCCAAAAACACUUGCGAACACAUCUACGAGUUCCCCAGCAUACACCCGGACACAGUGGCCGAGAUGGUGCGCUGCCCGUACGAGACGCGUUCCGACAGUUUCUACUUCGUCGACAACACGCUGAUCAUGCACAACAAGGCCGAUUACGCGUACGACGCCUAGUGGGCCGCGACGCGCCAAGUACGCCACGCUGCGAGCGGCCGUCGGACCGGGGCGUCCAGAGCGCGGGACUGCUGCGAGCCGCCUGCUGCCGCGCGCUCACGUCGUGCCGCCCUGGCCGCCGUCGUGCCGUGUCUGUGAGGGGCCACGCACAGCAGCGACCGCAGUACUCGCUCAGUGGAGCUCACGUCUGUCGUCUCAGCACUGCGAGGGUGUCCCGCUGCGGACGGCGGAGCCCGGCCACCGUCGCCGGCGGUGUUGCCGCCGCGGCUUGUGGUGGGUUAGCCUGGUUUUGUUCCGCUCUCUCUCUCUACUUCAGGCGCGCGCGCUGGUGUGGCUGGCUGCCGCGCUAGUGCGGCGCUAGCGCGGUGCUACUCGUGGGUGACCAGAGUUUAUCACUGUGUGGACGUUCUUCGAUGCACGCGGUAAUCGGCUGUUCUAUUUGUGGGUCACCCACUACGGUACCCCUGCGUUCUUUACAUCGACCGCUGUUGACGGAAGAUGGAUUUUGUUGAGGAAUCGACCACGUACAACGCCCGAUCUGUGCUUCGCGUCGCUCUCCAGGGUUUCUAGUCAUUCGUCGCCUGACGACCGUUUUGUGUUGUGACCGCCUUGCAGCCCCAGUAUGCUGUUCAUGCGGCAUCUAGUCACUGCGAGCCGCUUUCGAGUGAACUAGUCAUGUGUUUUGUGUGCUCGUUGCCUCCCACUGCCAGAGUCUAAGCACACUGGCUUCCGGAGUGCUCUCUGUGACUUUGAGCAAUAUAGCACGCGUCGUGUUACAUUACGCACAGAUGUCAAAUGUGCUGGAUCACGUGGAGGUGGACACUUGUAUGUCGUGUUUUGAAGUGUGGAGAAAACCCAUUGCGUAGUGAGGCGAAUGAUUUUAUCUAUCGAUUAGGUAGGCCGUCCUGGAGCUUGGUGAGACAGCACCCCGCACCAUCCCCACUAAUUGUGUGACAUGCCCGAUACGGGCACUAGUCGGCUCCAUGGCACCAGCGCUCUCUCAUUCUUGUUCCGAUGUGGCUUGUGGUCGUUUUACACAAGUGUUACGCACAAGGUAUGUUUCGCACAGACGGCUGUGGCUGCCGCAGAGUCCUGGCGGGGGUCGCACGAUGUCUGUGUGGCCCGCCCGCUCCUGGCGAGCCGACUUGUCCGCCACCUGUCAUCGGAUCUGGCCCCGGGGUGUAUCGCCAGCCUCAGCUUCGCACUCGGCACCUGUAGUGUAAGGCCGUGAGGGGACUGUGAAGGGUGGGAGGCGGCAGCGGUCGGCGCGCUGCGACGCAGUCGACGGCGACCCGCGCUGACCCGGGCAGGCAGGUCACGCUCCAACGCUGACCCGGGCAGUCAGGUCAUGCUCCAAAGCUGACCCGGGCAGUCAGGUCACGCUCCAAAGCUGACCCGGGUAGGCAGGUCACGCUCCAACGCUGAUCCGGGUAGGCAGGUCACGCUCCAACGCUGACCGGGGUAGACAGGUCACGCUUCAGCGCGCGCCGCCCGGGUGGACAGGUCGCGCUUCAACGCCGCGGGGCGGGCCGGUCAGUGCUUUUUGGUUCAUUGUGUUCUGAAGUUACGUUGCGUUGAAAGUGGUCGUGCUGCACAAGAUGAAGGACUGGAGUU